AUGUACAGCAGACGUCCAUUCACAUACAUAGAUUUAGAGGAUGCACUUUUUAUGUUCCAAUUGCGCUACACCACAAGACAGGGACCAAGGUGCUUCCAGUCAUGUUUUCUAAGGCCCCGGGGUUUUUAUGAGAUGCAUGCAAGCGGCACCGGACCUAGUAAAGGCUUGUAUAUUGGUGACAGCGGCCUUUCAAGAACCCUCAGGGCAUUUGCAGUAAAGGGGGAUUCCUCAUGGCCAUGUAACUGUGGUUCGAUGAAAUCUGGGGAACCACCAGAGCGCUUCCUUACAUCUCUCACAGUGACACACACUGUCAUACAUCUUCUCCAGGUCACAUGUAGCUUGUUAAAUACUCAACCUGCACAUGCACGAGACAGGCAGCCAGUGUGA